AGAAGUGCAGUGAUGUCAUUUUGUGUAGCUGUGUGUGCAAACACACACACACGGACAUAGCUGUGUUGCUCAUGGCCUACAUACAACAUGAAGAGUUUCAGGAAGAGGUUUGGCUCAUACAUACCCCCACAUGCCCACACACACACACACAUAGUCUCGGACCAGGCUGAGUGAUGGCUGGCUAUGGCGAGGGUCCAGAGGACGAUUUCUGUCUGAGGUGGACAUGGGUGAAGGUCAUCGUCCUGGUCUGCUGUUACGGCUCGGUCCGAGGCGGUCAGUCUCCCAUCAAGGUGGUAACCAGGGGCAACCUGACAGCCACGGCCGGAGACAGCGUGACGUUCCGCUGUGAGUUUCGUAAUGGCUCCCACAUCAACAUGGUGGAGUGGACCCGGUGUGACCGAGGGGAGGCGCCCAGUAAGGUCCUCGUCUUCAUGACCUCGGGGUCACAGCUGUCACUUAGCGACACCCACCAGGGACGUGUUACCAUGACGACAGCCAGCAGCUUCAAUCUGAGGAACGUGAGCAUGGAGGACUUUGGGUUGUACUGCUGCAAGCUGAACGUGUUCCCUGAUGGAGUGCUGCAGGCAGAAGUGCAUCUGAGUGAAGAGGCAGACCACACAGCUUCUCAAAGACCCACACUGUUUGGCCUUCCUUCACAGAUUGUGUACAUCUUGGGAGGUAUAUGUGCUCUAGUGUUGGUGGUUGUCGUGACGGCUGUGAUUGUUUGUAAGAAGCGCAGAGUCCAGCUCCGGGACUACGUCAACGUAUCAGUGCACCAAGGGAGCGUCCCAAAAGGUCCAGAUGACGCGGGAGAGGCGAACGACAAGGGUGCAGAGGAGAACGACCAGCUAUGGCACCUUGCAUCAGAUCGUGUAGAGUACGUCUCACUUGCCUGGACCUGAGGAAACAGAGAUGACGACACAGCAACACGCCACCUAGUGGUUAAACACCUGUACUGCAUGAGGAGUUGCAUUCCCGUCUCACUUUUUGUUCAGGGAAUUAUUGGCUAUAUUUAUACUUUUAUUUUUUAUAUCUAUUGAUUUAUAUUUCAAACCUUAUUUUAAUGUUAUGUAAACAUUUUUCUAUUUGCACAUGCAUUUUAUCCUCACAUUGUUACAUAAUAGCAGCAUGUUUUUAUUUUGUUUGGAUAAAUUAAGUGAGACUAUUCAGGGAGUAUUUAAAUUAGGAAAUAUAUAUUUAUGGAAUGAUGUCACACAUAAAGGUUAUUGAUGAUGUCACUUAGAUCAGAAGAUGUUACGUUGAUAAGUAAUUGGAAGUUGCCAAAUCAUUUGAACAUUACUGGGGCAAGUCCUCACAUUGAAUUAAUAUCCAACGUGUGGAUUAC